UAAACUGGGAAUUCGAGAAGAUGAUGAUAUAAUCUUGGCUUAGUUUCCAAGAUGGAUCGAGCUUUGGCACCUUCUCACGCUCCGGACAAAUACGCCUACUGUGAGUGGGUGAGUUGUGAGGCCUACCUUGGCCACCAAACCCUCAAGGACACCGACUGCCGAUCACCCGAAGACCUUGCCCGACUAGCAGCAGACCUUUACCGUCAGCAUCUUCUACGAGGGCGCCAAAGCGGGCGAGAAGUCUACACCCGGGUCAUUCCGCAGAAUAUCCGACUACGCGUAACAACUCAAAUCGACGACGGCAGCCGAGAGGACAUCCUUGAUCAGGAGUUCGAUACUGUCAACAUCGCCAGGUGCUCCACCGGUCAUGACCCAUUUCCGCAUGUCGUGGUCUUCGUACACUGCAUCGGCGUCAUCGCGUCGCAAGGAGACGACGUCGAGCGUCGACGGGAUGGAGGUACAUCCACAUCCGAGCCUCAUCUUGAGAUGCGUUGCCAUGGUAUCGCUUGCGCCAACCCCUGGAUCGCAUCCCGUCUUGCCAGGACGAUAUCCUCAGCGUUCGAAGACUCGAGGACGCUGCCCAUGCAGCCGCAGGCCGUGUUUCUGCCACAGGGGAUGCAACAGAGCAGGAAGAUCAGUCGGAACACUGUGAGUACCAUAGCAGCUCCUCCUGCUUACCAAUCAACAGCUCAAACCUUCGAUCCGUCCAGAGGAAGUAGCCCUCGGGAUCCCUUGGGCGCCGCAGGACAUCACCAGACGCGUCGAAAGGAUGAGAAGAAGGGUCUUCCCGAAGUGGGUGCUUGGUAAAAUCAGGCCCACUGUGAUAAACAUUCUAUUUCAACAAUAGACGAUGUGAAAGGUUGACGACUCUAAUUUGCAAAUCUUCGAUUUGAAGAUUGCUCAUAGCAUUUUUUGGGUGUUGUGUGAUAUUGCAGGCACCGAGAACAUGUAGAAAGAAUGAGGUAGCUACGUGCCUGGUAAUUGAAUAAAGACCACGUGAUUUACUCUUCGAUUUAUACAGUGUAACAAAAUAAUACAAAAAAAUCAUAGAUCGUUUACAUUUUUACAUAUCAUGGCUUGGUAAUGUGAUAGAUUGUGUCAGUGGUGUACUAGUCUACAAAUGUAGACCCACAUCUGCAGUGUGUGUACCUCAGCUGAUUCAACGAAUCUGCAUAGCAG